AUGAAAACAAAUUUUUCAUCUAUUAAUAAAUCAAAAAUAAAUGAAACAAAUUGUUCAAUUAAAUAUUAUCAAAAAAUAAAUAAUAAUAAACAUGGUCAAAUAUGUUUAUCUCAACCAUCAACAUUAAUAUCAAAUAAUUCAUUAAAUAUAAAUAAUGAUUUACCAUUAAUAACAACAAAUAAUAAUUCAAAUCAAUCAUCAUCAUCAUUAUCAACACCAGCAACAACAACAACACCAGCAACAACAACAACAACAACAACAACACGUAAAUGGUUUUGGAGAAAUUCUGAUAAAUUAAUUCAAUCAAAUCAAUUAAAUGAUCGUAAUCCUUUAUUAAAAUCAAUUGUUGAAAAUGAUUUAAUAUUAUCAUCAUCGGAAUGUUUACCAAUAUUAAAUAAAAAUGUAAAUACUCUUGGAGAUAUUAAAUUAUUUGAAAAAGAAUUAUUAAAUUUACCAUUAUUUCAGUUAAGUGAUUCACAAAAUCCACUUUUACCAAGUCCAACUUGUUUAAGUUAUGAUUUUCCAACACAAUUUUAUCAAACAAAUCAAACAGAUAAUAAUAAUAUUAUUAAGGAUAAAUCUUCAACAUCAAAUAUAAUAAGACAUUCAAAUAAUUCUUUAUCAAAUUCUUUAGAAAUAUCAAAACACACUGAUGAUCAUUGUGAGUAUUUUAUUUAA